UGCUGACACCCAUUUUUAAACUCCACCCCUGCUUUGACUCGUGCGUUUUAAUCGGAAUUGCCGAGUUUAGAAGUCCUAUUGCUGAGCAGUUAAGUACUAGCGUGGAUCUUCAGAGGGUACGUCUACUAACAGCAGCGGUGUAAAAGAUGGUGGUGCUGUCUAAAGAGUAUGGGUAUGUUGUGCUGACAGGUGUGGCCAGCUUUGUGAUGGUAACCCACCUGGCCAUCAACGUGGGAAAGGCUCGUAAGAAGUACAAUGUGGAGUAUCCCACAAUGUACAGUGAUGACAAGGAUACUGGACACUUAUUUAACUGCAUCCAGCGUGCUCAUCAGAACACGUUGGAAGUUUACCCUCCUUUCUUAUUCUUCUUGGCAGUUGGAGGACUGCAGCUUCCGCGAGCAUCUAGCUUGCUAGGAGCAAUCUGGAUCAUUGGCAGGGAGAUUUAUGCAUAUGGCUACUAUACAGGAGAUCCAAAGAAGAGAAUGAGGGGUGCCUUCAGUUCAUUUGCUCUUGGCUUGAUGGGGACCACUUUGUGUUUUGCCAGCCAUCAGCUUGGUUGGCGCUUCCUUCAUCAUCAUGAUUGCUGCUAAGUGCUCUCCAGUUGUGGUUCUGUAAUCACCAGCAUGCCCAGCCAAGGAAAGAAGAGACUGACAGAUGUGAUGGCUUUUCUGAGCUACUGACAUGGUUGCUAUAUGGAAAAUGAAAUGCAGAGCAGCCUUCCUGCUGAAGUAAUGUCUGGGAUAAAGUGCUUCUGUAAUGAUCAUUCUUAACCAUUCCACUUCAUACCUACAUUUACUUUGUUUCACUUUUUGAGAAAGUAAAUGACUCGAUCCUAUGGCCUCUGACAUGUCAUUGCAUAGUGAGCCUUCAGAUGUACAUGGCUAGUGUGAGCCUGCUGUCAUGGCAACAGUAACUUAAGGCUGCUUCACAUGUGAUGUAAUGUAUUUACAACCAGAGAUUUAUCAUUUAAAUUUAAAGUGCAAAUAAAAUAUUUCUUAAAUAUAA